UGACAGUAUAGAAAAUAAUCUCCCUUAGUUUGUUAAAUUUCCUUUUUUCUUUAUAAUUUAAAUGGUUAUUGCUUGUGUCCCUUGAGGAAGGGCAUCUCAUUUGAUAAUUUUAUUUGGUUGAUGGGACUGAGCCAACCGAAAGAGAGUGAACAAUUCUGGAGAGAGAGAGAGAGAGUGUGCAAGUUGCUGCGGUGUGAGCUGGUGGUUGACCAGGAGGACGGUCUGCAGCGGCAGUUGUCAGCUUGACUUGUCAGGGAUAUAGAGCGUUUGGACAGUUCAUAACCGAGAGGCGUGAGAGCCGCCACCGCUGCUGCCCGAGCCGGGUGGGUGGGACACAGGGCUCCAUCACGCCGCAGCCGGAGCUGAGGCGGGCUCCGCUCCCACACGAGCUGCAGGAGGAUCCGGAGUGAGGCGUGAGGCCUACUCCGUUACCAAGGAAACCGCGGGGACAGCGGGCAUGGCGUAUUGCGGCGAUGAGCGGGUGGAAGCGGUUUACCGGACCCGGGACCCGGUGAAAAAUCUCCGGAUCCGUGUGUGGCUUCAACGGGUAACCCCAACGGCAGUCUUCACUCAACAUGUUCUGCAACCAGCAAUUCAACAUGGACAAAAUCUCAUUGAAAUGUCUACGUUUGACACCCAGUCUUCAGGCAGAAUGACAGGUGGUUAUCGGACACAUGACCAGGAGGAGGUUGUGGUGGGUUGGCAGGAGAAGCUAUUCAGUCAGUUUGAAAUUGAUCUGUUCAAGAGCGAACAUGCCUGUCAGAGUCCUUUGGACUUCCAGUAUCGCAAUGAGAUCCUGUCUUUGGAGGAAACAGAGAAGAAGAACUUCCGAAUCUUCACCUGUACUGACUUCGACCGAUAUACCAACAUGCAAGAGUAUUCUCAGUCUACGACCACAUCAGCAAAGGAGGUUCCAUCGUAUCUGGCACAAAGGAUGUCACAUGUUCGACGCAGAAGGCAGGAGCGCAGAAUGAUGGAAGGGAAGGUUCCAAGGUCACGGAUCAUUACCUGGCAGCCAACUGAGGAGUUUGUGAGGAAUAAUCAUGUCUUGAAUAACCCUGUGCAAACCAUGUAUAUUAUGGGAGACCUGGGGCCCUACGGAAAGCUGGGGAAGCGUGAGGAUGAGUAUGUACUGUGCACCAUUAAAGUGGACAACAAUGGUGUUCUAUCCAUAAGACCAGACUUCAGUGGCUCCAAACCAGCCUACAGAAUUGAGACUGAAGGAGAGAAGAAGGAUCUAUGGCUGUACACAAUUAACAACGUAUCCGUCACAGUCCAGAAGGAAGAUCAGGAAAGAGAGAAAAAUCUCUUCAAAGAUCUGUACAACAGACACAAGGAUUACCUUCAUACUUUGGUUGGAGAAGAAUUUGAAAUACCUCCCAUUGGUACUCUUCAGUUGUUUGUGAAUGGAGAAAUUGUGUCAGCUCAGGGUUUUGAAUAUGACAAUCUGUAUGUACAGUUUCUCCUUGAACUUCCAGACAAUUGGUUCUGUUCUUCAAGACAGCAGUUGUCUGGAGUGACACAGACCUGCUCUACCAAGGUCGAGGGCCGGGAGAAUGUGGCCUAUUUUUCAUAUCCUUUCAACUUUGAAAUGACCUUAAGAAGUGAGGAUCAGCCUGAGGAUACCCUGCCGCAGUGGCCUGUGCUUUACUUUGGGGUUCAUUCUUCUGAUUUCUGGCAAAGACAUCGUAUUGAGGGAUACGGGUACAUCAGAAUCCCAGACAGUCCUGGUAGCUGCACUCUGACUUGUCAGACCUGGAGACCGAUUGUCCCUGGAACUGUGGCAGAAAUGCGAAGAUUUUUUGUUGGUGGCUUCCUUGAACUUGAAGAUAUGACAUACACGCGGACCCCAAGCACAUUCAAGGGAGAGAGAUUGAGUCGAUUUGGUUUCAGAACAGAAACAACAGGAACUGUUACCGUGAGGUUUCAUUGCAUACAGCAGUGCAGAUCUUUCCUUGAUUCGAGCAUGGCAAGGAAAAAAUCACAAAAUGUUCUGGAACGUAUGGGUGGACUUUCACAUCAAGCCUCCCUCCAAUCUGUCAUAGCGGCAUUUGGGCAAGCUCAGCAACGUAUGCGUGAGGCACAAGAGAGCCUGUCAAAAGACCUGCUGCACGCAUCAUCAUUUCUGGAGUCAAAGUCAGUGGCAAAAUAAAUCAACAUCAGUUGCACUGGGCUGUGAUAUUACAGACUGAGAAAUAAAACUGACUCAUCCAGAAGACAGCAAGAUUGGAGAAACAACCCUGGGAGCAUGUAUUCUGUUUAAUUAGAGUUGGAACACUGCUGCUUGUUGGCUUUUCUAUGGUCAAAUUUUGAGUUUGCAUAUAUUUCAGCAAUGAAUGAAGUUAAGCCUCAUUGAGUCAGUUGUGGAGCCAUAGAGAGUUUCUCAGCUGAUUCUCGCUUGUACUAUUCAGUCACUUAGAAAUUGUGAUAAAUAUGGGCGACAUGUUUGAGCUCGUCAAAUAUUCAUUAACUCCUGACAGCAAUGCUAAAUACUUAUUGAAGAAUACUUAUUUUUCCAAGGCCUUAAAUUAGACACUACCGUGUAUAUAUUUGGCUACAUAUAGCUCCACAAACCAGAAGGUGUUAGCUUUGAUUCCUGUUUUUAUUUUGCUGGACUAGGUGAUUUCAUAGUAGCAAGAAGGACACUACAAAUGGCAAAGCAACUUGGAUGAAGAAGAAAAUUCAAAUGGUUCCUCCUUCAAAUUGCAGUCCAAAACCCUUUUGUAAAUGCCUAUGUACAUUUGAAUGUUGGGUGAUUAAUUUACAAUGCACUGUCUAGAACAAGAAGUCAAAUCAGAAUGCA